GCGCCGCAGCGGACAGAGAGCAGAGUGAGCAGAGAAAGGCGAAAAUAUGGCUGCGCCGCAGUCACUGAUCGGUCAGAUCGACUUGUCGAAUUCGCUGGCCGCUAACCUCUCCACGCUGCAGAGAAAGGACGAACAUGUGACUGAGGUGAUCGGACACAGCAGUCACGUCACGGUGUACGCCUUGGACGUCAGCACCAAGGCUUGGGAGCGGAAGGGGAUGGAGGGGAGCCUUUUCGUCGUCCGGAGAAAAAGUCAUCCGCACUUCAUGAUGAUGGUCUUGAACCGGCUGGGCUUCGACCACAUGUCCCAGGGCAUCACGCAGUCCUUCAAGGUGCACAGGCUGGAGGACUACCUCAUGUUCUCGUGCAAGACGCCGUGCUACUUCGGAGACAAGCCGUCUCCCAAUGGUCACCUCCACGGGGUCUGGUUCCACAGCCCCGACGAGCGCGACCAGAUGCAAGCUCUGCUCGAGCGCAUCAUGCAGGUCCAAAACGCCGACGGUGCCAGGAGCAGCGGCAACGGUCCGGCGCCGACGUCCUCGUCCUCUUCCUCGUCGCAGUCGGCGUCCGAAGCCCCCGAUCAGCAGCGAGGGUCACAGCAGCAGCAGCAGCAAGCGCAACAGCAGCAGCGGCAGCAGCAGCAGCAGCAGCAGCAGCAGCGGACGCACACCAACGGCAACGGCGGCAGCAGACAUGAAUCACAACAGCCGCAGGCAGCACCACCACCAGCACCGCCACAAGAACAACACCAGCCUCAACAACAACCACAGGUUCGCAGGCAUAACGCUGCGCAGACCCCUGCGUCAGCAGCGGCAGCGGCGGUGUCGCCCCCGCCUGGGCUGUCGCACCCGCAGCAGGCAGGGAGUUCCCGGGCAGGCGUCAUUGUGGACAGGAUGUCCGGUUCUUCGGCGGCAGCGUCGGUGUCAACAUCGGCCGCGUCGGUGGCGAUCGCGCCGAACCCCUUGAUCCGAACAAGCGCAGAUGCGGUGAGUUCUUGGACCCUUUUUGCCGCGUCUUUUGAUGCCGACAGGCGAAGGUGA